AAGUGUGUGAGGGCAGAUAUCAGAGAGCCCCAUGUCACAAGGGAAGAAGGCAAACAAGGGGAAGGUGUAUUUAUUUAGUUUUUACUCCUUUGUAGCCCUUGAUUUUCUUCAUCUUUUUUCUCUGGUGUGGAUUACUUGAAGCUAAUUCGCCAGGAUUAAAAGGAUACUGUGUUUUUACUGAAAGCUAUGGUGGCUUACGAUGAAGUGGGUAGCUUGGUGCCUAUCAAACGGACUCUGCAAGUGGUAGACUGCCAGAACCAGGCCAACAAGGAGUCAGAGGAACCCAGCAACAAGCGUGUCCGUCCUCUCGUCAGGGUGACGUCGCUAGCCAACCUCAUUUCUCCAGUAAAGAAUGGGGCCGUCCGGCGCUUCGGCCAAACCAUCCAGGCCUCUUUCCGGGGCGAUGGCAAGUCGCCGGGCGUGCCCCAGAAGCCUUGCAAACCAGCGGUUCCCACACCACCUAAAAGGAGGAACAGCACCUUGUGGUCAGAAAUGUUAGACAUCCACCAGAAAGGAACUUUCUCCACCAAAGAGAUCAAGCGGCAAGAGGCCAUAUUUGAGCUGUAUCGUGGAGAACAGGACCUGAUUGAGGACCUCCAGCUUGCACGCAAGGCGUACCAUGACCCAAUGCUGAAGCUCUCAAUUAUGUCAGAGGAGGAGCUCACUCACAUUUUCGGCAACUUGGAUGCCUACAUCCCUCUGCACGAAGACCUUUUGACCCAGCUCUCCAAAGCCACAGGGCCAGAUGGGACAGUGGGUCAGAUUGGACAAAUUGUUGUUAGCUGGCUGCCCAGGCUCAAUGCCUACAAAGACUACUGCAGCAACCAGCUGGCAGCCAAGGCACUGCUGGACCAAAAGAAGCAAGACCCACGGGUGCAGGACUUCCUGCAGCGCUGCCUUGAGUCACCUUUCAGCCGGAAACUGGACCUGUGGAGCUUUUUGGACAUUCCCCGAUCCCGACUGGUCAAGUACCCGCUGCUGCUCAAAGAAAUCCUGAGACACACUCCACCAGAACACCCUGACACUGCCAGCCUAGAGAAAGCUAUCACUAUCAUCCAGGAAGUUUUGUCUGACAUUAACAUGAAGAAGGGGGAAUCAGAGUGCCAGUACUAUAUUGACAAGCUGGAGUAUCUGGACGACAGGCAGAGGGACCCUCGCAUCGAGCAGUGCAAAAGCCUUUUGUGUCACGGGGAGCUGCGCAACAAGAGUGGCACGAAGCUUCAUGUAUUCCUGUUCACUGACCUGCUGGUCCUGACCCGCUCCGUCACCAGAAAUGAGCGCCAGUGCUUCCAGGUGUACCGACAGCCAAUCCCAGUUCAGGACCUGGUGCUGGAGGACCUGCAAGAUGGAGACGUCAGAAUGGGUGGUUCCUUCAGAGGAGCUUUCAGCAAUGCAGACAAAGCCAAGAACAUUUUCCGGGUACGUUCCCAAGACCUGAGCCAGGCACAGUCACACACUCUGCAGGUCAACGAUGUCUUCCACAAGCAGCAGUGGCUUAACUGCCUCCGUAGCGCCAUUUCCGUCCACCGCCCCGUGAGCGAGCCCCCCACACCAAGCCCACUCACAAGUGACACCCGCUCCAAACGCCGCCCUUCCUCCAUUUCUGCCAUCGUCCGCAUGGAGGAAUCAGAUGAGAACUGCCCACAGCCGGGCUCUCAGUCUGCCCCUGCCUCACCGUGCAAUAGCACAACAUCCAGCCCCACCACAACGUCCCCUUCAUCUCACUCCUCAUCUUCGUCCACAACGUCUGUGUCAUCGACGUCAACCUUAUCCAUAUCACAUAAAACCAAAAAGGACAAGAAGUCUCUGUGUUCUUUAGGGAAGAGAAAAGAGACAAUGGUGUGAAGUGAGGUGAUGGGAGACAAUAGACUCACGGAUGGACAUUUUUUUUUCUGUACAUAAAAAUGGCACGGAGAAGCAUGGGACAUGUAUUUAUGUGUGUCUGCGUGCGUGCAUAUUAUUACAGCAGUGUUCUGUUACUGUCCUCCUUGGCAGCUAUUUACCUUACUCCUCCAUCCAAGUGCAUCCCGUAGAGACAUAAUAUUCUGGAGAGAUGCACAUGGCUUCCACCAGCUCUUAAAGGGAAGCACGACAAGAAGUAAACCCACGGUUCACACUUGAAAUUAUCGGUGUGUUGCCAGUUUGCUGAUUUCCUGAAGAAAGAGGUGGUGCAUCAGAUCCUGUUUACUAUUAAUUUGAUAUUUAAGCAUUCUUUUAGACCUUUCUUUGGGGGCUAAUGAAAGUUUUACAUUUUUAUAUUUUAAAAUCUAUAGUAGUUUUUUUUUUUUUUAGUUAUUGUAAAGCAACACUGCUUUAGCUUUUAGGGCAAGUUAUUUGAACAUUUGAACAUUUUUAAGCAAAAGACAGCAAAUCCCCCAAAAAGUGAGAUGUACCACACAUAGCUACAAAUUUCUGUUAUAGUCUGAUUUUUAGACUAAUCAGAAGAUGUCUUAUUUUUAUACAUUCCCUUAAUAUCAAAUGCUAGAACCCAGAAAUUAUUUUAUUUUAUUUACUUCAGAGGCAUUAAUUUAAUUACAGAACAGAUUAGAGGUCAGCCGUUAAAUCCUGUUGAAAUCAUAUCAGAGAUGAGAUGAUGAGUUUUGUUUUAAAACAAAAUUUUGAACUGAGCCACGUUGGUUUUUUAAAAAGCUGACUCUUCAGAAUGAGACCGAUCACUUUUCAGUGUAGGAUCUUGCAUGGAGCUUUAGUUGUGGACACUGCUUGCACCGGUAGAGGCAACAUGAUAUAUGUACCUGUCCUGAGGGACGGGACAAAGAAAUGUGUAAAAAGACUGAGUGAUGAUGAAAGUUGUUGAAGGCUGAAGCGAACAGAGACAAGAUGGAUACCAUGGAAUGUUUUAGGAACUGAAUCGGUGAGUGUAGCGUGCAACUCCAUCGGCUGGUCAGGUUGAUAGGAAAUGUUGCUCGCAGAUGGAAAGAAAUGAAAGGAAAACAUAUGUAGGGGAAGGGAGAUGAAUAAGGUUUUUGAAAGCAAGUACGGAUUUGUUGGUUGGUGAAAUGAAAACAAAAGAGAAAUGGGCAAUUCAUUGCCACAUAUUUUAUGUAAUUAGAAGAACAAUAAAGAUCUGUGUAAGAUUUGCAACUGAAA